AAAAACCUCAACAUAGCAAGAAACACAUCAACAUCAUCGUUUCAAUGCCAAUAAAAUUUUAGCUCAGAUUUUGGUUGCGGCAUCGAACAUCAUAGAAGAAAGAAAAAGACCUUCAAUUCAAUGUUUUUCAAGUUACAGAGAUGAUCGGUUGGUAAUAUGCAGAGCAAGAGUUCGGGUUUUGGAAAAGAUAAUACCAGAAUCUGGUUUCUUCAUCUUUAGUUGCAGUUAUGGAGGGUGAGAUUAUGAAUCUCAUGAAGGUGUGGCUCUCAGUUGUGGUCUCUUUAUGCUACUGUUAUUGGAUCCGAAAGCUUAUUCCUGCAGGAACAAUACGACUCUUCCUUUUUCUUCCAAUCGUCUUCUUAUUCAUUGUGCUUCCUCUCAGUCUUUCUUCUGUGCACUUAUGUGGCACCACAGGGUUCUUCGUUGCCUGGCUAGGAAACUUCAAACUCUUGCUCUUAGCUUUCGACAAGGGACCUCUCUCCUCCGACGCAUUCAUCUCUCUUCCACGUUUUGUAGCAGUGGCAUGUCUCCCCAUCAAGAUCCAGAAAAACCCACCACGUUCUACCACCAUCCAAUGUUCUUCAGCUCAAAAUGGUAAAACCCCACAUCCAGAUUCGUCCAAAAGAUCCGGUUUUGACACCAACCCAUCUUCAAUAAAGCCAAACUCUGUUACCAAACAAAACUUGUCCGGGGUAUCAUCCAAAAAGGCCGGUGGUACCCCACUUCUAGGGUAUGCCCUGAAGGGUAUUGCCGUGGCCAUUUUGGUGAAGAUCUAUGACUACAGUGAGAGUAUCAAUCCGAAUGUCCUUAUGUGCAUGUACUGUUUCCACAUUUACUUCAUGUUGGAAAUAAUCUUGGCGGUGGUUGCAGCGGCGGCGAAAGCCAUGCUGGGGAUGGAGCUGGAGCCGCAGUUCAAAAAUCCACUGCUCUCGACCUCACUCCAAGAUUUCUGGGGAAGGAGAUGGAAUCUCAUGGUCACAAGCAUCCUCCGACCAACGGUGUACGAACCGACCAUGAAAGCAGCAUUGAAGGUUGUUGGUCCCACGUGGGCCCCAUUACCGGCAGUGAUGGGCACCUUCGUGGUGUCGGGUUUGAUGCACGAGUUGAUACUGUUCUAUCUAGGGAGAUCAGAGCCCACCUUCAGAAUGACGUGCUUCUUUCUCCUUCAUGGGAUGUGUUUGAUGGUGGAGAUUGCGUUGAAGAGGGCCCUCACCGGCAGGUGGCGGUUGCCGAGGUUUCUGUCGGGGCCUUUGACCGUCGUAUUUUUCAUGGCCACCUGUUUUUCCCUGUUCCUGCCGGAGUUCAUCCGGUGUCGGAUUGACGUCAGGGCGUUUGAGGAAUACGCCGCCUUGGGCCACCUUCUUACACCUCUCAGUUCCUCACUCUCAGCCAUCUUUCAUAACAAAUCUUAGCAACUAGGAAUAAAUAAUUUAUAUGAGUAUCUUUGUUUCUAUGCUAUUUAUUUUUUUAUUUAAAUAACGCAUGUUUAUUUCUUAUUUGAUAGAGUUUAUUACUUUGUAAUUUUAUCUGAUGAUUAAAAUUCGAACAAUUCUUCUGCAACUCUUAAGUUUCAUC